AGAUGCCUUUUUUUUGAAGAACGGAAAAAAGAGAGGCCUUUUUUUUUGCCGUCCCGCCCGCCUUCUGCCCCCAUCCACAAAAUCUUUUUUCUCUCCUUACGUGUGUAUGUAUGCAUGCGCGUAGAAAAAGAGAAAAAAGAAGAAAAAAAGAUUUUUUCCUCUUAUUUUAUCAAGUUUUAUCUCUUAUUUUCCAACCCACUUCAUCUUUCUUUUUUUUCUUCUUUGUGUCGCGCUUUUUUGCUCUCUUUCUCGCUAUUUCACCCUUUCUUUUUUCCUUUACUUUAUUUUUAUUUUUCCUUUCUCCCUUUUUGAACGCGUCACUUUUAAUUUUAAUUUAACUUUUUUGCCAAUGGACGUCAACACAUUGGCGCCCCGCAUUCGGGAAAUCCUGCAAAUCUCGGACCUGUCGACCGUGUCGGCCAAGAAGGUGCGGCGACAGCUGGAGCACGAGAUGAACGCGACGCUGGACGCGUACAAGGGUGAAAUCGACGAAAUCAUCAAGCACCAGUUCCAGCAGAUCCACAGCGAGAACCAGCAGCGCCAGCAGGCCCAACAGCAGUACGCGCACCAGUACGCGCAGCAGCAAGGCCAAAUGGGCGUUUACGGCGUCGGCGCACCCGGCGGCCUCCCUGGCCUGCAGAUGCCGCCCAACGGCUACGCCAACGUGCACCUGCCGCCGAGCAUGCCGCCAGCCAUGGUGCACGGCUCCGCAGCCGCCCAGGCCUCAGCCCAACCGCCGCCACCGGCUGCCGAAGACGCGGCGCCGAGGAAGCGUGGGCGGCCGAGGAAGCCCGAGAACGAGAAGAAGCAGCAGCGCAAGAAGCGCGUCGUCGACCCCGACAAGCCCAAGCGCCAGACCGGCCUGUCCAAACCAAUGAAGCUGUCGGCCGACCUGGGCGCCUUCUUGGGCCAGAAAUACUGUGCGCGCACGGAUGUUGUCAAGAACCUGUGGAAGUACAUCAAGGAGAAGGAUCUGCAGGACCCGGCUGAUAAGCGGUACAUUCUGUGCGACACGCAGCUUAAAACGCUCUUUGAGGUCGAUCGCCUGUACAUGUACACCAUGAAUAAGCUGCUCAACCAGCAUUUGGUCAAGCCCACGCCAGAGGAGAACGCCGAGGCCAUUGCGCUGCUGGGAUUGCCGCCAACCCACCCGGCUGCUGCUGAUAGCGCGGGGCUGUUGCCACCGGCUUCUGCUGUUGCUGCUGGUGCUGCCGCUGCCGCUGCUGCUGCUGCCGCUGUGGUGCCGUCGGGAUCGGUUGCUGCCGGUGCGCCGGCUGCUCCCGAUAGCCCUGCGUACAGCGAUGUUGGCACGCCGCCGAGUACUGGAACGCAGUACACGGCAGACAGCGCCGAGGAAGACGACGACCAGUCGAAUCCCGUGUCGCCCAAUGCCGAUCACCACCACCAGCAGCAGCAGCAUGCCGCCCAGAACAUCGCAUCCAGUGGCGGUGCUGCUGCUGCUGCUCCAUUGACGCUGCCCCCUCACCCUUCCAAUAUCAACGGAAACUAAACUGUGUAUCGUUACUUGAAAACAAAUGGUAUAUGUUCUCUUUUUCUUUUUUUAAAGUUACUAGUUUUUUGGUUAUUCGUUUUUUUGUUUUCCUUUUCUCUUCUUUCUUUACAUGUUUUCUUCUUAUUUCUUCAUAUCGUCAAAUUUUCUUUUUUUUAUACUCAGCCAAAUACCCAAAAAAAAUUCCCAAAAACACAAACCAACCCAUCACAAAUAACACUCGAUCAGUGCACUGCAGUUCAAUGCAGUUUAGCUCAGUUUAGCUUAGUUCAGUGCAGUGCAACGCAACACAAUGUGUGCAUCGCUCUCCUUCUCAUCCCUAUUUUUUUUACCCUAUUGCUAUUAAAAUGAAAUACCUCAAUCAUCAAUUCAAAUUUUUAAUAAUAAAAAGG